UGUCUACGGAUGCAUUGUCUUCUAGCCAAGAUAUGAAAUGCAAUCAUAAUUGACUUUAGCGCAUAUAAGGCACACACAACAGUUACCAUGAUGACUGAAAACACAACGGUGGGAUGAAUGAGUGACACAUUUCCAGGCAAGAGGGGCCCAUUUAAAAUGAAUUAAUUCUUCCCUCGCCCCUUUUCCUGCAAGUGUCAACUCGUCAGACGUCAUGAUACAACAUCAGAAGUGUCCACUUAAUUUGAGGGCUGAGGGGAGAGCGUGUGUAUUUGAAGUGUUUGGAAUGCAGCCAUUGACGUGUGGGGACACUAAUCCUAACCCUAUAAAGGCCUGUUUUAACCUUGUAUUAUUUUUGCUGAUAUGAAACUUGCAUUCCUUAUGUUUCCAAAACCGUACCGCAAGCGAUACGUGUUGACGUUUAGAGCUAACAUCAAUUCUAUCAUUAAUAGGCGGUAGGUAACGUCUAUGAAUGGGGUAGGGCACCCAUACAGCUGGGGAUACGAGGUGCUCUGUGAGACGAGUUUGAGUGGGGCAGAAAGUUUCCUAUGUUGAGGCAGUGAAGAGAGUAGAGGAUAGCCCAAGGGUAAGUGAUUUGACUGGGAGCCCCCAGUGAGUAGGCCUGAAGAGAGCAAUCCAGGAUUAGUUUUAGUGAGGUAGUAUUUAUUGCUCUUAUUGCUAUGGUUAUGAAUUGUCUGCACUGAUGGAGCGUAAAUCCCAUAAAAUAGAUUAUUGUUGUAUAUGUGUAGAGUUAGAUAGUGGUGCGAUUUAUUUUCCACCCAUCUUUUCUGUGGCAUAAUGUGCAAUUCAUACUCCGACCUGUAAAAGACAGCAAGACGGUGUCAAUUCUGCCUGCCGGAAACUCACAGGAAGAAGUAAACCUAUGCUAGAACAUUUGAAUAUUUACCUUACUGAGUCUGUGGAAUAAAGUUAUUUAUUAUUUUCUAUUCUAUUCUAACACACUGUUAUUUGUAAGCAAGUCUGCUUUGAGCUUGAAAGAUACUGAUCAGAGGAGAUUUUAUGUGUAAUGUAAUAAGGAGUACCGUAAUUCAAAGGUCAGCGCGCAUUCCCUUUUCAUUUAACCACACCCUUUAAGCUAUGACGCCAACAAAUAAGAUUCCUUUCUCUUCUGUGUAAACGGAAGUGAACAGGUGACUUAGAACCAUUUCCAAGCUAACGUUUUUAUUGUUAUUAUUUGGACGUUUAUUAACGCAAUGGAACCUUAAAAUAUGAUCCAUUUAACUGCACAGCAUCACAUACUUACCUCAUGUAGUCUUUAAUUCGCGUUGGAGAUAGGACUUGAUAUAUGUUAUCUAGGUAAUGCUAGCUAGCUGCAAAAGUUAGCAAACAAUGGCUAACUGUAUGGUUUUUCACACUCAAAUAGCCUCCAUCAUGGAGGUGCUAGCGAAUGCAGCAGUGGCAGAGAUCUGUAAAAUCGUAGACGACGACUAUGCAGUGUUUCGUUUGGAAAUUUCUCAAAGCCAGAAAGAUAACAGGGGAUUGCGGAGGAAGCUACAGCUAUUGGAACUAAAGGUGUCACGGGAGCGCGCAGAGAGGACAAUUCGAGAGCGCGUCCUCGCCAGUCGUCCCAGUAGUGUCAAGAUCCUCGACCGAUACAGAGGAAUGGAAAGAGGUGAAGGACAUCUUACUGGAGGCCACAGGGGCGUUGUGAAGCCAGCGGGACACAACUCGUGGAGAGAUGACCAGCCCAUAGCUGUAGAUGAGGGUUGUGGAACCUCAACCCAGCAUGUUAUCGUAAUAGAGUCUGCAGAUGCAGAGGCUGCAGGUCCUGGAGAAUCGUCUCUCGUCAAGCAGGAGAGGACUGAAGGAGAUGACCCACGACACAGCAGAGACAUCCAGACUGGUGUAGUGGCUGGAGUGAUGCCCCCUUUAGCCACAGAGGACCCUGCUGCCCGGCCCCAGCCUAAGAACCGAUGCAGCAUCAUGGAGGAAGAGGAGGGUCCAGAGGUGCUGCUGCUGAAGGAGGAGGGGUGUGAGGAGGGUCUGAGGAACCCUGAGGGGACCAUGGUCGUGGAGGACAACCAGACUCCACCUCCUCCUGAACCCACAGAGGAACCAGCUGAGCAGCACAGGACCACACACAAUCUCACUGAGUCAGUAGACAUGGAGGAUGGGAAGCCUGAUCUGCUGCUGGUCAAAGAAGAGACAAUGAAGGACGGACCAGAGAACAUUGAUCUGCUGAGUGGACUAAAGAUGGGGGAGCAAGGUGGUUGGCUGGAGGCAAACAGAGGAGACUGGGUGGCCAUCUUGGAUUCCCAGACUCUGACCGGUGCAGCAAAGGGCCCAGGGGACAACGUCACUGAACAGGCCAGGACCAGAAGUGACAUAGUGGAGUCUGCUGUCAAUGAGGACUUGUUGAUAUCCAGUGUUGCAGGUGGGAGAGACUGGACCUCUGAGGUGGCUGGUCACAAACCCUGGCCCCGGAUCAGGAUCAUGGAUCAGGAGCCGCCGCUCUUCCUUCCUGAGUCUGAUCCGCGACAGAUAAUCCACCACCACACAGAACACAACCAGUGGACAGUUGGACUGAACAAUCUCAGUCCUGGUGGUCAUCAGAGAGACCGAGGCUCCAGUCAGGGAUCCAGUCUGCAGCCCAGACCCUUCUCUUCACAGUCUCAGUGCAGGGAUGAAGCAGGGCCUGAGGCUGAUAGAGAUGGACCCUCCUGUUCCUAUGAUACAAACACUGCAGUAUCCAUGAUGAACAGAGCAGGUCACCCUGGGCUUCAGCCUUCAGAGAGAGUGGUGGGAGAUUCCCCUGAUGGGAAUCUAACAGGACAUAUGUCUUCUCUUUCAGGGUCUCGUCUAAUGCCUAGUGACUGGGUUCAUAAAAGGCCUGGACCUGGGUCUAGUCUUCCUCAGCUACCUCAUCGUUACCCUACCAACACAACACACAAUCCCAACAACACCCAAACAAUGGCUAGAGGUCAAGGAGGGAGCUCAAACACUAACCACCUAAGGGUGGUGGCUCCUACUUCUACCUCCUCUGGUGUCAUUGGGUCACAAUGUGGGAGGCUGAGUAUUAGGACGGAUGCCGACAAGCCGUACGCCUGCCCCACAUGUGGGAAGCGCUUCGCUCAGGCGAAUUAUGUGAAGAUGCAUCAGACCGUUCACACCAAGGAGAAGCCCUUCAAGUGCAAACUAUGUUACAAGAGCUUCUCCUUCCUGACUAACCUUACCAGACAUAGGAGUGUCCACAAUGGGGAGAAAUCGUAGCAGUGUGGUUUUAGAUGUACACAGAGGAUAUCUGGGAACUAUUCUUUAGCUGACAUAUUAUCGUUAUCUUGUGAAGUGUCUUGGGGUAAGUCCCUCAGUUCAGUGGCGACCCCAGACAUUUUUCAUAGGGGUGGCCAGAUGGGGCCACUGAAAAUAUUGGGGUGGCAGACCAAAAGCUUUAACUGAAUUUUAGGAAUUCUAUUAUGCUGUUGUAGUAUAUAGGCAAGUUGAAAACGAUGUCAAAAUGAGAGUUAAAUCGGAUAUACUUUGGUUUCUUAUUUUGCAGUUAAUGUUACUAUUUAUCUGAUGUGCAUAGACUAAUACCGGUACAAUUAACAUUUUGAGUUCCACAACAAUCCUGUUUUAAUGUGUCAUGUAUCUGUAUAUACAUGUGUUUAGGCGAUUCAUUGUUCGUCAAAUAGGCUUGUCCUUUUCCUUAAAAAGACAAAUAUAAAGCUUUAAUUUGAAGGAGUACAUUGAUUGUAAGGAACAAUACAUUUACUGGGAACAAGUCUUCUCGAGUUUAGAAACACCACACAGAGGCCUCCAAUUAUAUUUAAUACAGCUUUAUUUGGCUGUUGCUGUGUCUUUUUGUAAACGAAAAUAUUAUAUUAUAUAUGUCCCAAAAUGAAAAACAA